GAGAGAGCCUCUUCUCAAGAAACUGCACUGAGAAAUGUACCUGCACCGCUUCCAGCCUUUUCACCUGUGAGGAAACCAUGUGCCCGGCCGAGCAGUCCUGUGCACUUAAGGACGGCGUGCGGGGCUGUAUGACACAGGAAGGCCAGUGCAAGCUCACCCCGGGAGCACAUCUCACCUCUUUUGACGGUGCCUCCGCACAGUACAGCUGUGGUGGCGUCUAUGAUGUGGUCUCUGUUUGUGAUGAAGGCGCCCUCUCCUGGUUCAGGGUGUCAGUGCGCAUCGAAGAGAAUGCGGAGGAGGAGAGUUUAAUCUCUGGGAAGGCUGUCUACGUCCACUUCCAAGAGGCAACUGUCAUCGUGAAAAAGAAUGGAAGGACAUGGGUCAACGGCCGCUCAAGAAGACUGCCGUACCAGAUCUCCCAAGCCAUCUCUGUGAGAAGUGUUCAGGAUGGCAUCUUGAUCGACCAGGCCUCUCAGAUGCAAGUUCACCUCCACCAUGACGGAGUGGUGACAGUCCGGGUCAGAGAGAACCUGGCAGGGAAAUUAUGCGGCCCCUGUGGAAACUUCAACGGAGACACUGCUGAUGACCUGAGAACACCCAACGGAGAAGUGAAGAAGAAUAUUGCCGAGGUCCUCCGUGCUUGGAAGGCAAAAGAUAUCUCUCCUUAGUCAAGAUCCUUUCUUUGAUGGUGGCUAGCAUUGUAUGCAAUGAAAGAUGGAGCAUGCCCCUGCAGAACUGAAGUGAAAAGGACCUGAAGUCAUACGGCUGUCAUGCAGCUAAAGGACAGAUGCCUCUGAAAAACAGGCGUCUGAUAGAAGCAGCUGAUCAUUCUUUUUUUCCCCUUCUCCCUUAGACCUCGAUGUGCAUCAGUUUUGUUUUUGAACGCUGCUCUCUGUAAGCAAUAGACACUGCAUUUCACCCUGACCCAGACAGCCCAGGCAAGCACGAUCUCAUCAGAUCUUGGAAGCCAAGCAGGGCUGACCCUGGCAAGU